CAGCCAUGAAAGAAACUCGUGGUUAUUUUAGAAACAGACGCUUUGAAGGAUUUGAUGGCGCUGACUUCUGAAAUCAACACCGGGCCUGAGAGGAAGAUAGAGACGGCGCUCCUCCUCCUCCUCCUCCUCCUCCUCCUCCUCCUCCCUCUGUCCUCCCCUCUUCUCUCCCCCGUCCGCUCUGGUUUCUGCGUUUUAACGGCUCAGCACUUCUCAUGUAUGAUAUUGAUGAGAAAUCACGUCACGCUGUCAUCAGAACUGUAACGCUGAUGGAUUGCGUUCAGGAAGCCCCUCCCCCGACUAAACGAGUGGUUAAAUUAAACGACAUUGCCAGAAAGAUAAAUCGCCACCCUGCUGCUGCUGCUGCUGCAGAGUCAUUACCAUGGCGACCGGAUUAUUGGCGAAUCAUGAAGAUGAACCUGAAUAUUCAUCUCUGGGCUGGUAUGAAGACAGAAACAGAAACAUGUUUUCAGGUCAGUCUGACUUUCAUUACUUCCUGAUGAAUCGUUUUUCAGAUCUUGUCCGACGGCGAAGUCAAAUUACGCCAAAUGACAUCAUCAAUCCUGGACUUGAUUCACUCAGAAGUUAAAGUCUGAGAAAAAGGAGAAGUUUCUUUAUUGCUUCUCCGUCCGCCCACACAGAGACUCCUCCUCAUGACCAUCGUGGUAAUUCAUCCUGAUUGGCUCCUCAGUUUCUGCACCAGGAUACUUCAGAUAUCAGCUGACUCAGCAGACUGGUACGACAUCUUUUAAACAUCUCACCGCCAAACGUCACGGAGCGUUACAUCAAACCACAUCACGCUGAGUCGUGUCAGACUGUCACCUCAUCACACACACUGGAUUUUUGAGGUGAUGUAAUACCAUGCGGUGAUUUCCACUUCAGAGUAGGGCUGGGCGAUAAAACGAUAACGACGUAUAUAGAAAAUUAAUUAAUCAAUAUCAGUAUGAAACAUGGUCAAUAUGCUUUUUCAAUAGUCAUCAUUCUGCCAUGUUUAGGUAGACUAUACGAAUAGCCAAUGAAAGUAUCAACCAACUGCGUCCUAUCACACAGCAGCUACGCCCAACCAUAGCACUUUAACAGGUGAAGCCGACAGCACUGUUGGUGAGAAACAAAGAAAAUGAGUGCUACCCCCGACAGAAAUGACCAUGAAGGCUCAACAGAUGACCACAUCAAUGUCAACGACAACACUGGCGUUAGGAAAACGUCGGUGGUGUGGAGGUAUUUUGGUUUUUGGAGGUCGGACAUGAAGCAGAGUAAUGUGGACUGUAAAUUAUGUCGAGUACAUGUUCUCACAAAGUCGGGGAAUACCUCAAAUCUUUUUCACCACCUGAAGCAGCGCCACGCCGCAGAGCACGCGCAACGCAAAAGGUUAUAAACUCCGAGAGGAGCGAGGAGCCGAAACAGAUGAGCAUUCAGUCGGCUUUCUCUAGAGCAACGCCGAAGGGACUCAAAGACCUCACAGAUGCAGGAGAUUAUUGUGUUGGAAAAGACAUGCGACCAAUAAUUUCAUUUUUGAUAUUGUGAUAUUGAUCGAUAUCGACUGAUAUGAAAAAAUAUAUCAUGAUAAACUUUUUCCCGUAUCGCCCAGGGAUCACAGCCUCAUUUCUGUCCUACAGUUUCCUCUAAACUCUUUCGUGCUAAAGGUGAAAAAAUCCUCAAACCUGCGGUCUCUCACAGAGCGCUCUCACUAAAGGAUGUACCCCCUCAGUUUGAGGAAAACCAGGUCUGUGUUGAGGUCCCAGCUCUUUGGUUUCUGUGUCAAAAACUGGGUUGUUUGUAAAAUCCUACAACUUCACGUUAAUCCGUCUGUGGCUCGGAGGAACACCCGAGGUCGGCUCAUGAAACCUCAUUUUUACAGGAUGGAUUGGAAACAUAUCAAGACAUCUAAAAUAAGAAAUAAAGUCUUUACUGUAUGAACACGUGUCGGCGGCGCUCCCUGUCCCUCUGAGCGACUGUAUCAGCGUGAAAACAUCCUCGGUCACGCUCGCUUUGAUCGGAUUACUGAGCAGCUGUGGGCAGGAACGUGAAAAAAACACACUGUAUCUCCGUCUGUGUGAUCUGUUUCUUACUCCACAUACAGACACAUUAUACACUCCCUGCUGAUCAUGUGAUCAAAGACGACUUCUGCUCCUGUGGGAGUUGGCGGUGUACAAACGGCAGUGAGAACGCAGCAGCAGCAGCAGCAGCAGCGGCAGUAGAAGCGGCGGCGUGUUUCUGUGCAGUUUAUUGAGUCGCCUCGAUAACUCCUCUAACCGCCGUUCGAGCUCGCAGCCUCAGGACAAAACGAUAAAACUGUGCCCUACUUUAACUUUUCCACCAAAACUACUUAUGAAAAGUAGAGUUUGAUAAUCCUCACCAUCCAACCCUGUGUUUUCUUUUCCCCGCCAAAAUAAAGUGACUUUCCUUUGUGUCUUUAUAACGUAUUCACAGGAGAGCGGGCAGAGGAUGGAGAUCAAGCGGACCGACGAUAUCAAAUAGAAUAUAUUCAUGGGGCUGCGUGGGUUCGCUCUGUUUCAGACCCAAAGAGAAAAGAAAUAAAACAUAUUUUACAGACGUGGAGGAAACAAACUGACAAUCAUGGCGACAGCAAAGAAGCGGCGCCGCCCGCUGUGGUGACUGAGUGAGACGCUGAUGAGGAGACGAUUCGCCCUCGGUCUGACCGUCGACUGUGCGUGUAUAUAUUUUUAUAUUUCUAAUCACUUCAGCAGAAAGCAGCUUCACUACAGUGAGAGACAGUGAACACAACCAGGACCAUAAAUACGGACUUUAACCCCCAAUUUCUGGGGGCUAUGAAAGGUCGUAUCCUCCGAUCGUAGUUGAUCGUAACCAUUCAAGUUAACGUGUCAAUUUCCGUCGGACUCCUCAGCUGAUCACAAGAGUUCUAUUUUUUCUGGACGCCGGAGCAUGGCGGAUAAAUUCAGCACAGAUUAACCCGUGCUGGAAAGGAAGUCGGGCACAGACACAAAAUAAAACAUCCGGCUUCUUUUCAAAAUAAAACAUGAACGACGAACAAGUGAAAGGUCUUUAGACGUCAUUUCACCCCGAUGACACCAUGGAUGAGGAGAUGCUGAUUCUAGAAGUCUAGAAGUAGAUUUCCUCCUCUGGAAGGACACAAUCUACUGCUUAUAUGUCUAUGUGUCUGUCUUUAGAGAGACAAAAUUGCCGUCAAUCUGAGCCGUUCCAGAUGCGGUGAUAAUUGGGGUUAACCCAGCUCAGUCUCAGCAGAAGACUGUCUAACAUCAGUCCGGUUCUGCUCGAGGUUUCUGCCUGUUAAAGGAAGUUCUUCCUCUCCGCUGUAACUUGAUAAACGCCGUCAAACGCUCCUCUCAUGGUUUUGGAGAUCCGGAUGUACGUGGAUCUGAUCUUACAGGAUGGGGCUCAGUCUUCACGUUGGGUAGCUGAGGAGCUAAAACACGCAAAAAUCAAAUGUCCGUCAGUUUUUCUGCAGAGUUUGAAAUCAAAGAAUCCUAAAUAGGGCUGAAGGAUUAAUUGCAUUUGCGAUUUUGACUGGUCAUGUGAGUUGUGAGUGAGCGGAGCAAAGCAGAGCAGGCAGAGAGAGAGGUCAACGCUGCACACUGUCUCACUUUGGCCUAAUUCAGCUGCAGAAGCGGUCACUGCAGAAAGUUUAGUACCAAAGGAGGUAACACCACGAACCUUUAUUCACACUUAAAAAAAACGUAACAAAGCGAUGUACGAUAGUUGAAUGGCAAAAACUCCAGCGACUAACGCUUCAACUUCAAACCACGUCUGGAAAACAAUGGAAAAAAAGAGUCCAGACUUCAGUGUUUGGGGCGCUGAUUACAUCUCACCAUCCGUACACAGAUUAGUAUCAUGACGCAAUAUCGAGGAAAAAGAAAAUUGCAAUUAGAUUAUUUUCCAAAAUCAUUCAGCCCUGAUCCUAAAACCUAAAAGAGUUAUGGUGAAACAACGGCUGAAUCAUCACAGCCUGAUGAGCAGCUCCUUAAAAAUGCGACCACAUGUCGAAACAACGAAAACUGUGAGCUUUGAUUUCACCGUGGAGGACGGAUGAAGAUUUUUCACUGAAAGGAAAAAGUCUGAGGUGUAAAUCGAUGAUGUUGUUUCCGGUUAGAAAUCACAACAGUUUCUCCCGUCUCUGUCGGACAAAGGUCGUAGAAAAACACCUCCACGCUUCCUCUUCCUCGCUGUAGUUUCUGCUCCUGACAAGAAUAGAUGUGAAUAAAAAGCCUCGUCUAAUGAGUCCAUGUGGGAGCUCAUUGAUCGCUGCAUUAGAGGCGUACGUGCGGUCUCUAUCAAUAACAGCGAUCACAGGGGAAACUAUGCCGAUACACAUCUGGAUGCCAAUUAAGCUUUUGUCUCCACGCCGUGACGCUCUGCCACUCAUGCACGCCGCACAUGAAAGAGGAAGCUGUCAUCACCUGCUCUGACGACCUGAUCCUCGGGUCUUAAUUACGUCUACGUCUUCAUCAGUCAUUAGCGAUCCUGCCGCCGCUGUCGCCUGUUUAUCUGACGCCUCAGUCCGAUGUUUUCAUCUGAAAGCGUCUCUAAAAAGUCACGCUUCACACUCCUCCUGAUUGGUAACGACAUGAGCCGUCUAAAUAUAGAGACCGCCACUAUGGCGCUCACAGAUUUCAGGGAAAGAAGCGAGAUUUUCAAUCGCUCUUUUGAACUUAAAGCCUCUGAUUUCUUUUCAAGUCGUGUUUUUAGUUGCUGCUGGAUCUCAUGAGCCUUUGAUUCGGUGUCUCUUUGACUCAGAUCAGCAGGAACGUGAACCUCAGAGGGGUCGUGUUUGUUUACCGUGAGCCGCUGCAGCUCCAGAAACAGGAACCGAGGACCUCUACGUCUAACUGUCUCUACCUGACAUGAAUAGGUGUUCCUCGCCGACUUUCAUCCUCAGGUUGUUCCCUGAGUCGUGCGUGGCGUGAUUCAGAGGUAUGUUCGGCGCAGAUGGCGAUAAGCCCACCUAAUCCUGUUUCAUAAAUGUCAGAGAAAUUUGCGAGAUGAGGCCCGUGUGACCGAGAGAAAGCUCGGCGGGGGCCGGAGCGGAGGGAACAUCGGGCGCGCUCAGAAAAGGUCUCAGAUUUUUACAGGGAGAGUGUUUUUCUGGAGCCGAGGACGACGAGUGAGAAACCUCGACUCUGCAGACGAGCGGAGGAGAGACGUUUAAACACACCGGUGGUUCAGAGGAAACAACGAACUCUGAUAAAAGUCUGAAAACCUGUGAGGAAACAUACUGACCGUUCAACCUGCAGACUGCUGGAUCUGUGAUGAACCUUUAACUUUCUUCUAACCAGGAGAUCUUGUCGAAAACUGAGGAUGCAGCAUCUAUGAUUUACAGUUCUUUGUUGAAAGGACAGUUGGACUUACUUGGGACUCAAGUAAGUCCAACUGUCCUUUCCAAAAGAGUGUGACCCCCAAAUCUCCACCUUCAUCCUGAUGGUCUCCUAAAAGGUCGUAUCCUCCGAUCGUAGCUGAUCGUAACCAUUCAAGUUAACAUGUCAAUUUACACCGACUUCUUUCCGUUCCUCUGCGGAUCGCCGGACUCCUCAGCUGAUAGCAAGAGUUCUCGGAGCAUGGCGGAUAAAUUCAGCACAGAUUAACCCGUGCUGGAAAGGAAGUCGGGCACAAACACAAAAUAAAACAUCCGGCUUCUUUUCAAAAUAAAACACUGACACCUUUAGUUUUCUUCUACGGGGUUUAAGUAUUUACUCGUCUCACACUACGGACUUUAAAUAAACGGUAACGGUCUUUAGAAAUCAUUCGUCUGUAACUGGUUUUUGGUGCAGCUAAAGGUUUUUACUGUUACUGUUAGCAUUAGCUCGUGAAGUUCAGAUAUGCAGAGAGCAAAGAAGUGAGAAACAGGAGUCGUAGAUAACCGAACGAUUAACGAGGAUUUUUUUAAAGUAUAUAUGGUACGUUCCAGAUGUACUCGGAAGUCGGUAAUUCCGAGCUCCGAAUUGGAUAUUCAUCUGAAACAAUCGUCUGACUCGGAAACUCGGACGGUCCUCACCAACCCCGAUUUGACGACAACGUCAUAGUAAGAGUAACAGUGAAAACUCUGGUAAUGUUUUAUUUAUCAGCACUUCUGUUUUGUUUUAGUGAAAUUAAAUUAGUGGUUUAUGUUGUGCUGACCAACAACUAACAACGGCCGACAAUCGCUAACAACAGCUGUUAACGGCUAACAAAAGCUAACAGUAGGCGUCCAUCUUGUUUUUCCAACUUGUUUACUGGAAGACUAGUGAAACACCCUAAAGUCGGGUAUAACCUCAUUCACAGCUCCGACAUCGAGGUAACUGGAACGCAGCGUAACUCUCUCUGUGGUGUUUUUACUUUCUUCAAUCAUCAAACAGGAAAUCUACAAAUAUUCAGCUGUUGGUGGUUUUUAUUUUCAGCUCAUUCUUUCUGCUCAUUUCCAGGAUUUAGACUCUAAAGUUCUGUCUAUAAGUGUUAUCUAGUUGAACUGUUUUGAGGGUUUGUUCUCUUUUAGAUAUUUACGAAAUCUGAAAUUUUAUUCGAUUAUUUUCACAGUUUUUCUGUUUUAAACUGAGUUUCCAGAAGCUGCAGAAACGCUGCGGUUUUCUGAUCCCCUCUUCCUGGUGUCUUAUUUCCCCGGGGAUCACUCUCUUCAUACUCUUGGUGGCUCCCCGGUGUGUGGAUGAAAGAUUUUACCCACGGUCCCACUGGGCAGCUUUAACAGAAAUCUAUCCACAGUCGACCUUUUGUUCUUGAGAGCGCAGGUUCAGAGACACGAGAACACGGUUCUUCAUGCCUCAUUGACUGCAGACGGCCACAUUAGAUCUGCUUUAGUCCCUUUUUGUUUGUUUGGUUUUUUUACAGCUGCAUCUAAAGGAGACAGAAGAGUCCCGAGGGUCUCAUCGAGUCAGAGGACCUGGAGACUGAACAACCUCCCAAACUAAAGACUGUGAAACCGCAUCAGAGCAGAAGCAGCUCGACACCAGGACUAAAUCAGAGCGCAGAGUCAGAGUCCUGCUGAGAAACCAAUCUACUACAACAUCGAAUUAUCGCACCUUUGAAGCCCGAUCAUGAACCUCUCCACGGUCUCCAUUAGAGACGCAGUGAGCCAACCAACAACGAGCGAGGACUUAGACGAGCAGGUACAAGGAUGACGUUUUCAGCUUCAACCGUAACAGAGUUUUAAAGACACAUGAAGGAGAAAAAAGUCUUAAAAUCUAAAGAAUAAAA